CAUGCCCUGGAAGCUUCAAGGCCUCUCGUCUGAGGAGUGGACUUGGGGUGCACGGGGGCUCCCUCAGAUGCACCCUGGGAGGCUGCCAGUCUCCUGGGGGUAAUCUGGUCAGUGCUCCCCCACAGGGCUGACUUGGGACUUGGCUGCAGGAGAAGCCCCAGGUUUCUGAACCCCAAGUUCCCCCGAGGCACGCCUCCCAGCCCCCGCCCAGCCUGCUGCCUGUCUGGUCCCUGGGGUCCAGUCUGCACCUCGGGAGCCCUCUCAGGGUUGAGGACGGGCCUGGCCCAGGUGGUGCCCAACAAUGGGGCCUCUUCACAAUCGUUACCAGGCAACGGGGGCUUUUAGGGAGGGCAGCCAGACCAGAGGGGGAGUUGCACAGCAAAAGUGGAGCUCCAGCAAGAUGACGGCUCCUCAGAAACACAGCCUCUUCACGCCGGAACCGCACUACGUCCCUGGCUAUGCUGGCUUCUACCCCCAGCUGCGCUACCAGGUGGGAGACACCUACGGGCGUACCACAGGGCGGCUGCUUACAGACCCCAGUGUGCAGAAGAGCCCCUGCUCCGUGCUGUCCCCCAUAUCCAAGCCCAAGUUCAUCGAGGACUUCAGCAAGUCCAAGCCGCCUUUUGUGCCCUGCCGUGACUUGGGCGAGCCCUACAUCCCCCACUACACGGGUCUGAAGCCCUACAAGGACUUCGAGAUCCUGGGCCGGUUCUCACCUCAGGACGGGGCCGCAGAGGGGCCGCCGGGGAUGGAGAAGAUAUCCAGGCAGGUCCCACUGCCUGCCGGCUUCAUGCCCUACCCGCCCUACCCACUGUGCCCGCCGGGCAAGAAGACGGACUCCAAGGACCUCGGACACCCGGGCCUGCGCCUGGCAUACGGGGAGGAGGGCUGGAAGAGCGCUGCCCAUGCCGACGAGGCCCCUGAGCAGUACCAGCUGUACCACUGCAGGAGGGACGAGCACCUGCCCCCGGCUCACCAGCAGGACACACUAGACGUCGACCGGUUCCAAAGGUUACCCCAGCUGGACCACGCGAACCUGAUUCAACGCAAGGCCAUCUCAGGGUAUGCCGGCUUCAUCCCCCGGUUUGCCUGGGUGAUGGGGAUGAACUACCGCACAGGGGUCACGCAGGCUAUGGACGAGUUUGACAAGAGCCAGUUCCUGCUCAGAAACCCCGUCUGUGCCCUGGGCGAGAGGCUGCCCCGAACAUACUGGCCCAACAACACCAUCUACGGCAGCCAGGGGCUGAUACCCUUCUACAUGGGGUUUGUGCCAUCCAUGCAGGGCCACUUCGCAAUGACGUUCGGCAACAGCACCCGCAAGGCCUACCAGGAGGAACUGGAGAGGAGAAACCGCACGCUAUGAAAACGCUUUAAUGGUGGAGUCUGCACAGCACGAGACGCCGGGACGGGAGGAAGAGCAGGUGCACACUGUGAGACGGGGCUAUCAGAGGACAGGCUGUGGGUGAAUAAAGAGUUCUCACGG